AUGUCGCAGCGUGAGCCUCUUUGGUACUGCCACGAAUGCGGCGCAGAGACCCGGCCCCUAAUGAUUCCGGAUCCGGCGUGUGCAUCGUGUCAUGGUUCCUUCGUCGAAAAGAUGGACAAUCCAUCGGAUGACCCACGAGGCUUUGGACAUCCUUUGGAUACUGAAGAUUUGGGCUCAGAUGUUUAUAUUCCUGCGCUUCAAAGUCUAUUCGGCAUAUCUCCCUCAAGAAACUUUGAAAGGGAGCAUCGGGGCUCCUUGGGUGGACACCCUGAAACCGGUUCUGCUCCAAGUGUAACUUUCUCGAUAAGAAAUGACAAUGGCGUAAGGACUUACACGUUUGGGGGAAGUAAUACACUAGGCGGUAGACCACCUACCAUGUCAGAGUUCAAUCGUAGAGGUCCUGGUGCAGAUCGCCUUGAUCCCGGCAUCAACGGUUCGCUCAUGGCUCAGUAUCUAAUGACUCUUCUUGGCGGGCCAACGGGAUCUCUGAAUGAGAUUUUUGCUCGCGGUUUCGGUGCAGAAAACGGUCGGAUGGGUGAUUAUGUCUUCAAUCAAGAAGCAUUGGACCAAAUUAUCACACAGCUGAUGGAAAGCAACGCACAUCAUCCUGUGCCCGCCACUGAGGCGAUAAUGGAGAAACUCCCAAGAGAAGUUUUGGAAAUAGGGUCCCCUACUCUUCAGAAAGACUGUGCUGUAUGCAAAGAGCAGUUUUCUCUUGAGACAGAAGAUCCUGAGGAGCAGGUUGUUGUGUCCCUACCUUGCACCCACCCUUUCCAUGAAUCAUGUAUAAUGCCAUGGCUAAAGUCCAGUGGAACUUGUCCCGUAUGCAGGCAUCAGUUGAUCCCACAACCCGAACACCAUUCACAACCCGGUCCGAGUCAAAACACCAGCGGCAAUGACCGCAGGUCUCCUUCGUCGCGAUCGCGGUCACCAGGCGGCGAUCCCUCUGGAUUUUUACAGUCACUAUUUGGGUCGUCUAUGCGUUUUGACCGCUCAUCCACAGGUGGCAAUUCAUCGUCAUCAUUAGCGCCUCCAGACCAACGCAAUAAUACCUCAAGUCGAGGUGGAAAUCAUGUACCCGGCGGAUGGGAUGAUCUUGAUUAA